CCUACGUCGUUCCCUGGUGUUUAAUUCAAAGGCGUUUUGGCAUGGAUCGUACUUAGGGCAAGCAAACGUUUAAUCAAAUUUAGUGAAAACUUCAAAAAUUGUAAAUGCAAAGCUUCAGGCUUGCAAAUGCUAAAAUCUAAAUCCAUAUUUAUGACACUUAACUUUCCUUCGCUUUUAGCAUUAGUUUUGAUUAUAUUUGCGAAAUGAAAUAGUUCUCGUUUAGCAAUAAUAGAGUGCUAUAACUUUAUCGAUAAAGAUCUUCACGAGGGGUAUUUAGUGUAGUGAUUGUUUUCCCUUUCGGAGUUCCAGGCAAAUUCCAUUUAAUACUGAUAUAAAUAGACAAAUGAAGUUGUUUUGAUCGACUGGUAAAUGUCCGUUGCUAUUUGUAACCGGCGUGUUUGACACUACUGCCACCGGCUCAAUUCUAAAUUUGGAUCUGCUUAGAUAAACGUGACUGUGACAUCUAAAAUGCAAGCAAAGCGUUAAUCGCGAACAGAUUUAGUACCUGCGUCAAGACGUUAGGAGAAUACUACAGAGGUAUUAUGUUGGGUAUGAUGCAAAAAGCUCUUGUUCCUCUCAGCUUACUGCUCAAUGGUCAUCUGGCCAUGUGCUGGAUUUUACGACUUCCUUGCAAAACAGAGGCGAAUUUCAACAUAUCAGCAGUUGGGUAUGCCCUAGAGCACAACGUAUUGAUGAAACUGACGCUUCCUCUGGAUGAAUGCAGGGAAAAUUGCAUUUAUACAGCUUACUGCAAAUCUUUCAAUCAUAAGCAAUCUGGACUCGAAAAUUGCGAGCUGAACAGUGAGACAAAUGUAACGAAACCAACCAAUCUGGUCCAAAAAAGUGACUGGACAUACUUCGCAACAGACCAGCGAGGCCGGCUGGUUGGAUCGUACUGUCAAAUGAAAAAUCCAUGUACCGAUUGGCAAUAUUGCAUUGACGACUGCAGUUGUCCGGGCUAUCGAUGCCUGCAGUGCGCCGAGGCAUAUGAUGUUAGCUAUGGCUGGUAUUGCCUCAAUGCUGAGAGAGAAACAUCGGCAGUGAGCCGUUUGAAGAUAGCAACUGGCACAAUCUCGAGUGGAGACGCUGUGUCAGGGAUGAUAGAUGGAAAUAAAACACUCUCUGAUGAAACAUGUCCAAAAACAGAUGCUCAGGAAGACCCCUGGUUUGCUGGCAGUUUUGGUUUUAAUGCAGAGAUUUAUGCUGUUGGUAUACAGGGAUUUCAACGCAUGAUUGGACAGCCCUUAGAUAUAUCGUUCGAGUUUGAAAAGGAUUCAAAUAUGACGUACUUUACUUGCGUCUUGGGCUUAAAACUGACUCAAGAAAACCAGUAUAUAAAAGUCAUAUGCCCUGAAGGUACUAAGGGAGACAGAUUUUGGAUAAGCUUGAAAGAGAAAGAUGUUGUAAUCGAAAUAUGCGAAGUAGAAGUGUUCGGUAAGAGAUUACUUUGAGCGGUGCCCUGCACUAUGAACAAAGAAAACUUGACGUAUCGUUUUCUUUAGCAUUGUACAUAUUGCUCAAUGUUGUUUUUAACAAAAGGGAACAGAAAGGCAAAGUGAUGACGUCACAAAAACAUAUUUUUAGAAUUUUAGAAUUCUGACCCUAUAUCCUGUAAGAACACCGUGAAAUACUUCUAAAUAUACAAAAGCAGUUGAAUCUGUUGCGAAUCCACUGAGAUAUUGCCAAAUGAGUACAAGCUCAUUCCCCAUGAAAUUACUGUAAUUUGGACCUGGUUCUUACAUCUAUGAACCAGGCCAAACCAACAGUAAUUCAUUACCAGAUCUCGUGUCUUUGACUGACCAUAUCUCCUCAGUCAAUUUUGAACAGAUUCAACUUAUUUUGACAUAAAGAGGUAGUUCUUGGUGUUCUUUCUAUAGAGCAAGAAUUCUUAAGUUCAAAGAAAGGUUUUGAUGACCUCACACUCCGCUACUCUGUGUACAGUAUCAAGCAGAUUUUGCAAAAAUUUUAGUGAGGUUUUCGAAGUAAUACUUAGGAUUAUAAUAUUUAUAAGGCUGAGACCUCUGGCUAAAGUAUAGAAUACUAAGGUCAGUUUUCGAGUGUAAAAUCAGUUAUCCCCA